AUGGAUAAGAUACCAACUGUCACAUAUACUGCCGAAGAAGUUUCAGAAUGGCUUAAAUCCAACGGCUUUGAAGCAUUCUGUGAUACAUUUAAGGGUGAGUUUGCUGUAAAUUUUAAUUAUUAUUACAGUAUUUAAUCAUCAUGUGUUUAUAAUCAUUAAUCUCGUCUGUUUGUGAAUGCAUUCUUCUAUUAUUCACCACAAAUGUAUUAAUAAGAUUAUUUUCUUUAUACUUUGUUAUCGAACUAGAUGAAGAUGUUGACGGCGAAGCGUUCGCUUGCCUUUCCGAAACUGCGCUCGGGUCUCUUGUGGACAAAGUCGGGCCAAGGAUGAAGCUUUUAAGAAUAAUAAAGCAAAUGAAGAGAAAUGAUGGCGAUUCUGGGUCAUCGGGCGGUAGCAACGUGUCUAGUUGGGAUUUGGAAUCUUUGGAAAGUCCAAAUAGCCAAGAUUUGCCGCGGUCUUCUUCGCCAAUGUCGAGGUAUGUAGAUUGUAUUAGUAUUGACUGAACAUUGUAGGUGAUUAUUAUUAUAUUAAAUAACUUACUCUGUCUAACGUAUUCUUUUACAAUAUGUAAUGCCAGAUCAAGUUCUUGGCACUCAUUGGGUUCAGACUAUAUUUUGAAUAUAAACCCUCCCGAAUAUGGCCCUUCCUGAUUUCUGAAUAUAGGCCCACCUGGUUUGUGUAAGGUCCCAAGCUGGCAUGCUUUGCUAGUUUGCUGUGUUUACAUGAAGCCUGCCAAAAAGCUUGGCACUAUAAAUAGUGUGAUGAAUGGGUCAUUCCAGAAAACAUCCAUACCUCCCCCACAGAGGAAAUUGGAAAUUAACCCCCUACCCCCUUUGGAUGUCCCAAUACACUUACUCAUAUCAGAAAUGCCUCUCCGGACGGCAGAAAAUUCUUCUAUGGGGGGAGUGUGGAUCUUUUGCGGAACGACCCAAUACAUUUUUACAAACUUGAAAUUUGCACUUUUGUGUGAAGAAGUUCCAUGUUAUCGAACUUUAGUAUGUGUUUAUACACUAUGUAUGUUUAUAUUUCUUUUUAUUCGAUCACAGAAUAGUUUACCAAUAAAUGUUGUUAACAUGUGUAUAUACGUCCCCCCCCCCCCCCCAGGUAUAUAUAUAAAGCCCAUAAAAAUUUCUUAUGAAUGAAUAAUAUGCCCAGAGCUUAUAUUCGAAGGUUUAUGGUAUUCACAUCUAGUAAACCCAUUAAGGUUUAUAUGAGUCUGGUUUACUUCCAGUCUGGCCCGCUUAAAUGGGGCGCCUGCCAAUUUUUGCCUGUUGACGUUUCAGCCUGGCUUACGUCUCAUCCCCACUAACCAGGCUCAUCAAUGUAAACAGCCCUUAAGUUGCAAUAGCCCUACUGUAUUAUUUUGCUUUAUGUAAUGCCAGAUAAUUUUAUUCAAUGCAAGACCAUGUUCUGGCACACCAUUAUGUUCAGACUCUGCCCAUAUUGUAACUAUCAACUUUAGUAUGUGUUGUACUAUCACUAAUGUGUGUUUAUAUUUCUUUUCAUUCACAGUAUAGUUUCCCAAAACAUAUUGUUAACAUAUGUAUAUAAUGUUAACAAUAUGUAUUACUGUCGCUCCAAUUGAAGUGUUGCUCAAAUAUAUUUUCAAUAUAUUACCUCGGGCUGACCAAUUCAUUUCAUCAAAUUCCUCGAGAUAUUCAUACACUUCCUAAUAUAAUUGUAAACUUCCUGUUGAAUAGUUUGAAUGCACCAAUCACUUUUGUUGUUUGUACAACUAACCAAUCAUAAAUAGAAAGGAAGUGACCAGAAAUGAUCAAAUACUUGGAAUUGGCUCUUUCACAGGAAGUGUAUGAAUAUCUCGAGGAACUUGAUCAAAUGAAUUGGUCAGCCCGAGGUAAUGUAUUGUAUCAAUAUUUGAGCAACACUUCAAUUGGAACGACAGUAAUGGUAAAUUGCUACAAUUGCUUAUGAACAAAUGUAAGCCUGAGGCUUAUUAUCAGAGGUUUAUUGUUGUAUUAGACAAAUUUAGAUUGCAGAUGUCAAUGGUGUGGAUUAUCUAUACUUGGGAACAACAUGCCAUUUUCAUGUCGUAUUUGAUGUCCAUGUCCUCAACCUAAAUCUGUCUAUUCACAUCUAGUAAACAACCCAUUAAUUUGCAACAAGCCAUACGUGUAUUAGUUUACUUUAUGUAAUGCUAGAUAAUUUUAUUCCUCAAAUGCGAGAUCAAGUUCUGGCACUCUAUUGGGUUCAGACUAUCUGCCCAUAUUGUUAGCUUUGAAUAUAAGCCCCAUCCUCAAUAUAGGCCCACAGGUCUUGUUAUAUGGAGGCGAACUAGCCUGUUACCCAAGAUGGCAUGCUUUGCUGUGUUUACAUGAGACUUUUUCAGGCGAGCUUAUUUUACUUCUCUAAUGAAAGAUCAAAUUCUGGCACUCGUUAGGUUCAGGCUACCUGCCCAUGAAUCUAUUAAACCCCAUUAAGUUGUAUGUAUUAUUUUGCUAUUUGAUUUAAUUACAGUAUUUUUGAACACAUUUUAGUUCUGGAAGCACAAGGCGAACAUGGGUGACGCCAUUUAGUCUCCCGGAACGCUUUCCACCAGUGGUUCAAGAGGCACUGAUGAAGAAUGUGUGCUUGCCUAGGCCAGCUCGUAUAAAGUUUAUCCAGGCUAUUUACGACAGGAUUUGCCUUUUUACCAUGUAUGUAUAUUUGAUUUGUACAGCAUAGGAAUAAAAAGUAUGGUCAAGAAUUAAUGAUAUUUGCUACAUUACAAAUUUACAAUAUUUCAUAUGCAAUUUCAGAAGUAGGUGGCCAAGAAGUUAUAAUGGCCAGCCACCGGUAUAAUAUGGUCAUUGAAGACACAAGACUCGUACAGAAAUGUCAUUUCUUGUAUGUUAGAAUUUAGGCUUUAUUCUGCAACCCUUCCAACUAAUUUUUUUUAUAUUUUUAGUUCACCGACACCUGACCAACGACGAGAUGUGUGUAGAGCAAUUAUCACAACAUUUCCUUUCUUGGCAGAUGUUGGUGGAGGCUAUGUAAGUUAUAUCUGCAUAAUUUUCCAAUUUAAGUCUAAUGAGUCAACUAAGCAUGCAUUCUGUUAAUCUAUUUUAAAAUGACAAUGCACAGUAAUGUGCAAUGCAAUGUACUUGAUGGGUUAAUAUUUAACUUGUUCCAAAUCUUAUGCCAACCAGGUGUCAACAAAAUGUGUGAGCAGGCACCUUUUGGUCAUAUAUCAAUGUUAUUUUGCGCUAUAUAAAUAUUAAAAUUAUUAUUUAUUUUGCCUUUUUAAAAUACUGACAUUUUAACAAUAUUUAGGUAAAAAAAUCGGUGUUUCUUGCAGGCACAUUAUUGAAUUUCGCUCACAGCCACGAAAAAAUAAUGCCAAUUUAUAGUUUGUUUAUUUAACAAAUCUUUAACUCUCAAAUGGGCCCUACUUUAUUAUUUUACUCUAACUGCUGCCACUCAAUGGGUUAAUUGCAAUAUUUUAACAUUGCUCUAGGAAACCUGGUAUCGCCAUUUGGGGGAUAAAGUAAAAAACGAAUUGCGGAAUGAAACCAGCGACCCUGUUGUUCUGGCCAGAAAGAGAAAAUCAGUUGGAGACCCAGAGCUUUCAACAAAAGUCCCAACCAGCAGAAGGGGGAUCAUCAACUGGGACCCCCCAGCAGUUAAUGGAGAGGACGAGGCAACCAAUAGGGCUCAUGUCAGUUGGAUGCAAAAGGAAUACAAGAGGAAGACACCAAACAUGAAUUUGGUGAAGCAAAAAAUGAUGCUCACAUUCUCAUUUCGAAGGAAAUUGGUGAAUGUUGGGAAAAUGUCCCUUAAAGAAAUCGAUUUGACAUAUCCUUUCCUUUUUGAACAUGAACAGGUAUGUGUCUUCUUUAGUACUGAUAGUAAUGGACCUUAGAAGUGCAUACGUCACACAGUUUUGAAUCCAAUAUUUUCCUAAUGUGUCUGCAUUGCAAUUGAUGUAAGUACUUUUAAGGCCUAAAGUGCAGUGUUAGAUAACAACAGCUAUUUGGUUUAACCAAGUGGAGAUGCGCCCUAGUUUAUGAUUUUGCUGUGUAACACCAGAUGAUUUGACUUGUCCCGGGGGGGGGGGAGUGGGUUAAUUGGCACUGCAAGUAAUUUACUUAUGUUCUUUUAAAUGAAAGUAUGUUUUCUAUAUUUUUAGUUGCAGGAUGAGUAUGAACGACUUGUGUCCGACGAAAACGUUAAAAUGAUUUCCAAAAACAUCAACGAACUGGCACCACGGAUUUUGAAGGUGGCGCAGUCAAGAGGGAUCAAGCAGAUGGCGGGGCUAAUCGAGGCAUGUUUGGAGGACAAUGAAGAGGAAGAGGAUACAUUGACAGAUGGUAGGAAUCAAUCAUAUAUAUAUUUCGAGUUAUUUUGUUUUAAGUAAUUUUAUCAAUAUAAUAAUUUAAAAUAUAGCACUUGUAAAUUCUGAACGUCGAUUGACUAAGAGUGUCAACCCGGAAAAUUUAUUUCUAUAUAUUUCUUGCUGCUAUAUUAUAACAAAAAUGUAAAACAUUUUUUCUCCAUUGAUAUACAGUUAUAUCAACACAAAUAGAAAUUGGGAAAACGAGAACUUGUGGGAACACACAGAGGGCGGAGUGUUUUCACACAAUUUCGCUUAAAUUGUAUUUGCUAAAUAUUAAUGAUUUGUUUCUCUAGGUAAUAAUAUAGUUCCGUACAUGCACGAGUAUCCGAGUUCUUGCUGUUUCUGGCCUUGAAACAGCAGCUGGUCAGGGCUCGAAAUGUCAAAGGCUAUUAUGCAUAUUUCAGAAAUGGCAGGUGAAAAGGAUUUUACCUGUCAAGUACAAAAUUUUCUUAUUUUGAGCUCUGGUAUACUAUAUAAGCCCUGGUAGCAUAUCCUCUUAAUGUUUUAUAAAGGCAUGGGGCCGGUUGUUCAAAGGUGGGUUAGCGCUAACCCUGGGUUAAAAUUUAACCUGUUGUUUUAGUUUGUAUAUUUUCUGCACGUCUGUUUAUUGCAAAACUUUAGAGAAGUAAACUCUUAUCGAUCCAGACAAGAUCUCUGAAGAAAUAUUUCCAAAUUUAUAGACAAGCUGUCAGGAAGUUUGAUUUGAAUUUUGUGUCUAACCCAGCUUUGAACAACCGGCCCCUGUACAUUUUUCUUCGCAAUGGGUGGGUAUAAUACGUUUCGUUUUUCUUUUAGAUGAAAAAGUUGUUGUUGCAUUGUCCGUUCUUCCACAUUUGUUGGAGAGGCCAACCAAGAAGAACCCACAUCCGGAAAAUUUCUUGUAUCAGGUAAAAUUAUGUGUUGAAUAGAUUGACUUAACUUAAUGAAUUGGCUCCAAUGUAUAUUUUCAGUCUAAACAAAAACGUCCAUUCACCAUGCCAAUGCACCCUUCUGAAAAGUGUUUAGUCUUGGCCAUUAUUCCCAUUAAGUUUUUCGUGAUUGAGAUGAAUUCCUACAGUUACAGUAUCAGGCAUGGAUCCAGCAUGAUCUGGGGAGGGGGGGGGUGCUCUGCCAGCUCUGGUGCCAAGUUGUGUCGGUCAUGUGUGCCGCCGGACCAUCGACUUCCUUCACUCAGGGUUUUCAGUUUAGGCCGGCGAAUUUCACCAGACUUUUUCAUUCAGCCCCACCCAAAUUGCCAGAGCUUUUACAUCAAUAUAUAAUCCAUGCGCACGAAUUGAUUGGGAAACUUAACUCAGAUGCAGCCUACAUAGUCUAGGCUUUCGCCAUUGCUUCAUCGCCAUUAGUCAAAGCCUCACACAAAACAGAAAUAGCACACCCCCCUGGGGGCAGUAAAUCCAUUCCCGUACAGUAUAUUUAAUUACAAUCUAAUUAAUUACGUUUAUGAGGCUUUUAUAGCCAAAGCUUUUGCUUUUCCAAAAGGUGUACAAUUUACUAUUGUUCCCAGUAAACUGCCAAACGACAGUUUUUUAGGCAGUUUUGUUAGUGACAGUUUUGUCAAUUACAAGGGACAUGUUUGUGCACCUCGUGAUCACAAUUUCUUGCAAGUUUUUUAUUGUCCAAUCAUGUGCGUAAUUUUGACUGCCAGGAUGUCAAACUGAAACUUGCAGUUUUUCACACACCGGUUGCAAGAAAUUGUGAUCACGAGGUACACAAACAUGUCUCGUAAUUGACAAAACUGUCACUGACAAAUCGCCUGAAAGAAACGGUCGUUUCGCAGUUUACUGGGAACAAUAGUACAAGCAAUUGAAAGUUAAUUGCUGCAUGGUUUUCUGUUGGGUGUGGGGUUACGCACGCUAGCGCCCUAUUUAAUUUAACUAAAAGCCUAUUUGAUAUUUUUUUAGACUGCCGAUAACCCAGAAGCGUUGGCAAAAGAGUCGAGCAGCCCGAUGUCUCCAUAUAUUAUCUUCUGUGAAGACAACAAUGGCAGUGUCAACCGGAUCUUCAUUGCUGCCGAAAAACGCGUUUUAAUGGAAGCGGAUGACAUUUUAGCAGCUGUAUC